AUGAGCGCCGUCAACAUAAAAGACGUAACCGUUUUGGACAACCCGGCCCCCUUUCUCAACCCUUUCCAAUUCGAAAUCUCUUAUGAAUGCCUGACUCCCCUAAAAGACGAUUUGGAAUGGAAGCUGGUAUAUGUGGGAUCAGCUGAGGAUGAAACUUACGACCAAGUUCUAGAAAGUGUGCUUGUUGGUCCUGUUAAUGUUGGCAACUACCGCUUUGUUUUUCAGGCUGAUCCCCCAGACCCCUUAAAGAUCCGCGAAGAAGACAUUAUUGGAGUUACAGUCCUACUUCUGACAUGCUCGUAUCAGGGACAAGAAUUCCUUCGAGUGGGAUACUAUGUCAACAACGAUUAUGACAAUGAGCAGCUAAGAGAAGAACCUCCUCAGAAGGUUUUGAUCGAUAAGGUCCAAAGAAAUAUUUUGACGGAGAAGCCUAGAGUAACGAAAUUUCCAAUUAAUUUUCAUCCCGAGAACAAUGAAAAAGUGGAACAGCCUCCUUCAUCACCUCAGCAGGUUACAGAAUUCAGUGUGAACGGGAAGGAACCUGUUUCCUCCAACCCUCAGUCUGAUGCUCAAUCCCCGUGA